GAGAUAUCCAAACAAACAAAGAACAAUGGAAGAUUCAAGUAGAAAAAGCCAAAAGAAGAAGAAGAAGAACAAGAACAUCCCAACUGUUUGGUUCUCACUCAAGAAGUCUCUCCACUGCAAAUCCGAACCAUCUGAUGUCCACGAUCCUACUAAACCAUCCACUACCAGUAAUAAUACCAAACAACAACAACAACACCUCUCCACCAUCUCCACCAAGAGAAACUCCAGCAUCGGAGGCGCCGCCGUGUGCGGUGGUGGCUUAUCAGGAUGUUCAAGAUCGAUAGCGAAUCUCAAAGACGUAAUCCAUGGAAGCAAAAGACAUUUCGAUAGACCACCACCAACUAGUAGUCCUCGUUCUAUGGGAAGCAAUGAGUUUCUCAAUCCCAUUACUCAUGAAGUUAUCCUUAGUAACUCAACUUGCGAGUUUAAGAUCACUGGUGUUGGAGGAGACAUGGCUGCUUCACCUGCCGGAGCAGCAGAUUCCAAUGGUGGCGGCGGCGGUGGAGGAGGGAAUGGUCGGUCAACGACUUAUGUGGGUAUGUUGAGACCAGGUACACCGAUGCAUUAUCUUAACCGCUCAGCAUCUCACCGGAGCCAAACAAAAAAAGGAUCUUCUGCUCUGUCCGAGAGAGACAGAGGAGGAGGAGGAGGAGGAGGAGGAGAAAGGUUUCAUACAAACAGGAGAGUUUCAUUAGAGAUGAACAGAGACUCUCCCGUUAAUGGAAGCAACUCGAACUCCUCUGUUUCUUGUCAUAAAUGUGGUGAACAGUUCAAUAAACUUGAAGCUGCUGAAGCUCAUCAUCUCUCUAAACACGCCGUAUCAGAGCUAGUAGAAGGAGACUCAUCAAGAAAGAUAGUGGAGAUAAUAUGCAGAACGAGCUGGUUAAAAUCAGAGAACCAAUGUGGAAGAAUCGAUCGAGUAUUAAAAGUUCACAAUAUGCAAAAGACAUUAGCUAGAUUCGAAGAAUACAGAGAGACAGUUAAAAUCAGAGCGAGCAAACUUCAGAAGAAGCAUCCGAGAUGUCUAGCUGAUGGGAACGAGCUGCUUAGGUUCCACGGUACCACAGUGGCUUGUGGUUUAGGUAUAAACGGGUCAACGAGUAUAUGCACGGCGGAUAAGUGUAGUGUUUGUCGGAUUAUAAGAAACGGGUUCUCGGCGAAACGAGAGGAGAAGAACAAUGGGAUUGGUGUGUUCACGGCUUCGACUAGUGGGAGAGCGUUUGAGUCGAUUUUGGUUAACGGUGGAGAUGUUGAUCGGACGGUGAGGAAAGUGUUGAUUGUUUGUAGGGUUAUUGCCGGGAGAGUGCAUAGGCCGGUGGAGAAUGUGGAGGAGAUGAAUGGGUUGAUGAGUGGGUUUGAUUCAUUGGCUGGUAAAGUUGGUUUGUAUACAAAUGUGGAGGAGCUUUAUUUGCUUAAUCCUAAAGCUUUGCUUCCUUGCUUUGUGGUCAUUUGCAAACCCUAAAAAUAUUAGUGUUUUUUUGUUUUGUUUUGGUCUUUUGAGGGAAGAGUGAAUUGUUAUUUUUGUUGAUAAAUUUGUUUAUCGUUAUGAUGAGAAUUGAAAUCAAUAGAGUUUGGAAUGUAGUUUUUAAUUCUUACU